AUGGCGCCCAACCGUUGGUUUGACCAACACGGGGUCUACUGGGACGACAAGAGCGACUCUAGUGAGGAUGUUUUGGAGCAGUACCACCCGGACGAUGACGAUUGGGACGAGGAAGAACCGCUGUCUCGACAAGACAUCCUCAGGCGGAAGAAACGCAAGGGCGUGACAAAGAAAAAGCUCAACCUAAACGAAGAAGACGAAUCUAAUUGGAGCGACAAUGCUUCUCUUGAGCAGGCAGCCGACGCAACGCGCAAGAGGAAACGAAACGCGGCGGCGCCGACACAAACACGGAAAAAGAGGUCACAUCCACUCCCUGCUGAAGCUCUUCCAUCUACGUCUCGCAGUCGUUUAAAGAGAAAAAAGGAGGACUCAGCUGCUAUUGUGGCGGACCAAGAACCAUCGCCAUCGGAACAAGCUGGCACAUCACCCACAGAACGCCCGCCUGGUGCCGUGACUCAGCCCACCAAUCGGCUCGGCGCGACAUCACGCCAGCCCAGGAAGAGGAAGAAGGCCAAGCUACAGGUUGAAGCCCCAGCAGAUAUCCUGGCUACACCGCCGCCGACCACUCGGCCCAGUCGAGCGAGGGCACUGCCAGCUCCCAUUCAAGAGGAUACCGGCAUGCCAGUGAUGGAAACCGAGCCUAAGAUGACACUCGGCCGCCGCAGAGGCACAAGACUUGGCCCCAUCCCGUUGGAAUCCGCGGCUCCUAAUGCUGAAAAUGUCGAAAACAUCGUAAUCGACGUCAUGCCCCCGACGCCCGAACACUCGUCACCCGACGACCUGGAGCCUCCCUACCAUCUCAGCCCGCCAGGAGCCCACUACGCCAACUUCAGCCCGCUGCGACCCGCAUCUGAAGAGCUCAACAGCCCCACCGUGCCCGAGGUUCCCGAAGAGUUUAUCGGGCUAGUCGACUUUAAGAACAUGUCGUCCAUUCCACAGUCGCUAGACUUCAGCGGCUCGUCCUCCUACCCGUAUCCUCUCGACCUGGGGUUCCACUACAUCUCGCCCGGGCACGGCCGCAAUCCUGGAUCGGCUCGCGCCACUGCCGGCGCAACCGUUGCCCCAGUGGACAUCAACACGAUUCCGCCGGCUACCUUCUCAGAUAGCGACUCUCCUCCAGGCCGCAGCAGCCGCAAGCCGAUCGACCCAAUCCCCUGGACGCUGCUGUACGACAUCCCGGUCGGGAACGAGCCGGCUUCGAACGGAGACGCGGGCGCCCCCAAGACGUCGAGGCUCCUGCGAUCGACAGACGUCGUGGCGGGGCCGCUGCGCAGUGCGGAACGAACAGGCCACAGGGACUGGGCCCUACGUAAAUCGUCCCUUAGCAGAAUGACGCUGGCAUCCCCGCCAGAGCCGGAUCCCCCGCUAGCAUUGAACGAAUCUGUCUUGGGCGCGAAUGACUACAUCCCCCUCGAGUCGCCAGUGAGUCUCCGCCGGUCGGCCCGGGGUAGCAAGGCUGGGAAGGGAAAGACGAAGGUACCUGCUGGUGGCCCAGAAGUACGCGGCAAGCGUGCACAAAAAGGAAACAGGGCAUCACAAACACCCGGAAAGGAAGAGACCGACAACAGGGUGUCGGCAGUGUCGGCAGAGACUGAAAAGACUCCAUUGCGAGUAUCAGAACCACCUCAGCCCCCGCAGAUGCAAUGGGAAAGCAUCGCCCCGCGCCCCCGGCCGGAGCCGCGGCAGCACUCGGCGUCAAUAGUAGCCGCGGCGUUGUGGAGCAAGGCCAUCGACGAGGACACUACUGCCACAAAUCCCGAGCCGCCCGCCCCGCGACCUCGCGGGCGGCGGCUGGAAACAUCUCCGGAGCGGCCGCGCUGGCCGCCACACCCGGGACACAUCUACUGCGAGAGGUGCUUCCGCGACGACUGCGCGCGGUGGCUGCGCAUCCAGCACAGCGCGCUGGAUGCCGUGGAGACGCUGGGCGGCGAUGGCGUGCUGCGGGACCUGCGGGCCAUGGGACGGCAGCUCGAGCAGAUGUGGCGGGACACGGUGACAUUCGCGGCCAGCAGGAGUCAUGACGUGGUGGACAUCGAGGAGGAGCUGCGCAGGGCGCUCAAGGACUUCGAGUACGAGACCGCGGUGAAGUCCGUUCCUGUUGCUGCUUCUGCUGCUGCCGAGAGAGGCGUGAAAAGAAAGAAGGGGGAAGAGGCAAGGCAGCAGCAGCGGCCGGCCCCGUCGUUGGCAGCGGCGACUGCUGCCGAGGCCGCUGGAGAGAGGGCUCGCAUGAACCCAGUGCCCGUGCAGCGAUCCCCGGCUGAUGUGUUCCGCAACCUACCUGCCGAUGUUAAAGGGUUCUUGCUUCUGCGCUAUCUGGCGGCGGCACGGCGAGAAGAGAACAUCUGGGGCAGAAACGCCGCCCGCCGGGCUGCCGCGGCCACCGUAAAAAAGAGCAUCGACGCGCUGCAGCGCCAUAUCGGCGUGUCGACGCCAGAGCUGAAGCGGCUCGAGGUGCAUUUCGGAAGCUUGCUUGGAGAAGCGAGGGCUCGCAGCUACUCCGCACAUGACCGGCAGUUGCGAGGACACAGCUGGUGGUCCUUUGACGACACGCUGGUGGUAGCACACCGGCAACUAGAAGCAGCAAUGUCGGGGCUUCCGGGACUAUCCUCGCCGGCACGCUCGUCACCAGCACGCUCGUCGUCGACUCCAUGCUCGACGCGCGUCGAGGCGCGUUCGUCAAUGAGCGCGCGCAGCGGCAGCCCCUUCCCACCGGCUUCGUUGGCGUCAGCAUUUGAUAACACACUGGCGAGUAAAGCGCGCUCGGUCAUGAUUGGUGCGUUGAACAAGUCGGCAGCUGUUGCGCGUGAAGCGGCUGAGCGCCUGGGAAGAAACAUUUGGGGCGUGGACAAAAAUGGCGCCGGUCCACGGUCAGCGGGCGUGAACUCGCGAAGCAUGUUCAAUUACGACCGCACCCACGACGAGCUGGACGGCCUGCGGCGCACGGCGAUGGCCGACAAGUCCGGGAGCGCAGUCCUGUUACUGCGUAUCGGCGAGGCCAUUGCGCAUGUCCGCGCGAGGAGGCACGAGCCGCGGGGCGAGGCAGAGUUCUUGGGCAGCGACACCGUGUCUGUCCCAGCAAUUUAUGAAGAAUAUUGGAGCGGAGAUGUUGAUGCCGAGGCCGGCCGUGAAGGCGCCCCUCCCUCUCCACCAGCACGGAAGCGGCGGCGAUCAGAGCGAUCUACUGCUGCCACGACACGAUUCGCUGCAAACGGCGACGCAGACCGUGGCGGCGACGCCCCGGUGCUAGCGUGCGUGAACUGCUCCGAGUCUAGGGCGGUGCACCGGCGAGCAGCACGGCAAACGCAGGUGGCCAGCGACGAGCGCAUGCCGUGGAUGAAGCCCCUGAUGUGGGCAUACGGCCUUGACGAAGGGACUGCAGCGCGAAUGGCGCCGGAGGAUUUGUUCCGUCAGAUUGCGCAACGGCCCGGGACACGGACCGUUCAGAUUGCGGGUCUCCUUUUCCUGAUCGAUGUGACGGGCGGCGAGACCCGUGUCGUGCUGGUCGAGAUGCGCAGCAUCUUUGACGAUAUCUGGAAGGAGAGAGCCGACAAAGCCGUGCCAAAGCAAGAGAGCCAUCACGGCGAGGACGACAACAGCAAAGUUGCGACCCCCCCGUUGCCGAUGGGCUUGUGGGAGAAGUGGCAAGAUGGAGAGUUGACGGGGUAUAGCAUGUUGUAA